AUAUAUCAGUAGGACGUUUACUAUACGAUUCGUAGACACGUGCAGGUUUAUGGCAUCAAAGUUGGAUACUCUAUCCAAAAACCUUUUAACUCGAGAUUUUUCGAAAUUCCGCGAGACAGCAAAAUUUUUUGAUGCCCGGGAUAUGCCACUAGUCACCCGUAAGGGUGUAUAUCCAUACGAGUAUACGGAUGGCUGGGAUAAGUUGGACGAGCCGAGUCUACCACCAAAAGAAGAAUUUUAUAGCACGCUCAAGGAGGAGGGUAUUAAGGAUGUACACUACGAACAUGCUAUGGAGGUAUGGAGGCACUUUGAAUGCAGAACGCUGGGCGAAUACAGCGAUUUGUAUUUCAAAAUUGACGUUUUGUUGCUCGCGGAUGUUUUUGAAAAUUUCCGCGAUCUAUGCAUGAAAACGUACAAUUUAGAUCCGGCAUUUUAUUAUACGGCCUCAGGAUUCAGCUUCGAUUCGAUGUUGAAAUAUACAUCGGUGAAAUUGGAACUGUUGACCGAUUAUGACAUGCUACUAUGUAUAGAAAAAGGUAUACGCGGUGGAUUGGUGCAGGCUAGCAUGCGGUAUGCUAAGGCUAAUAACCAUAAGGUGCCUGAUUAUGACGAAACUAAACCGAAAUCAUGGCUUGUCUAUCAAGACUGUAAUAACCUUUAUGGCUGGGCUAUGGCAGAAUGUAUGCCCUAUGGAGGUUUUAAGUGGGUUGAAGCCAAGCUCGAUGGUCUUAACGACUUGGACCACAACUCGCCGAUCGGACGGAUGUAUGAGGUUGAUGUAACGUAUCCAGCAGAACUGCAUGAUCAGCAUAAUGAUCUACCAUUUCUGCCUCAAAACGGAAUACCCGAUGGCUCGAAAGUAAAAAAACUGAUGGCGACCUUCGAGUCAAAAAAAAAUUAUGUCGUACAUUACCGUAAUCUCCAGCAAGCCAUUAAAAACGGGUUGAUAGUUGAAAAAGUAAAUUUAUUUAAAAUAAAAUGUAAAUUUAUUUAUUUUUGACAUGAUUAAUUUUAUUCUAGGUGCAUAGGGGGUCCUACAAUUCAACCAAUCCCUGGCUUGCCGAAUUUAUAAAUUUAAACACCGAAAUGAGAAAAAAAGCUUUGAACGAUUUUGAGAAAGACUUCUUCAAGCUUAUGAAUAAUAGUAUUUUUGGUAUUUUUUAUAAUUUUUGUGUUUAUUCAAUUUUAUACUAAUCCUUUUUAAAAUCGAUAGGUAAGACUAUGGAACAAGUUAGACGAAGGAUACUAAUGGAGCUUGUUUCAAACGAAGAUAGAGUGCAGAAACUUAUCAACUUGACCACAUUUAAAUAUGCGACACCAUAC